CUCUAUGUCAGAUGAGGGCAGGCUUAGGGGGAAAAUGACUUCUGCCUGCUUUGGUGAAUUUGGGGUCGAGUUCCUAAAUGAAAGAUUUUAAGAGAAUUUUAAGCUGUUGAUGUCAAGUUUCCUCCAGUGGCGGGGGCGGUGCUGGGACUGCACAGAGACCGUCGCUCAAGAAGCUCCGCCCCCAGGACGUCAUUUUUCUUUUUCUUUCCGGAACUAUUCCUUCUAGUCUGCGUUUCCUCCCGGACUCUUUUGAGCAAAGAGGACUUCCUGAAUUUCCCGGCAACUCGGCGCCGUCUUCCUGCCAGAGCUCAUCCCAGCCCUCGGUCGCGCCGGCGUGGGGUGCUCACAGCAUCACGCGCUUGUCUCUCGGUCUCAUGGCCGGUCUGACUUUAUUCGUGGGCCGUCUCCCGCCCUCGGCUCGCAGCGAUCAGCUGGAAGAGCUGUUCAGUCAGGUGGGUCCGGUGAAGCAGUGCUUCGUGGUGACAGAGAAAGGGAGUAAGGCAUGCCGAGGCUUUGGCUACGUGACUUUCUCCAUGCUGGAAGAUGUUCAGAAGGCCCUCAAGGAGAUCACUACCUUUGAAGGUUGUAAGAUCAAUGUGACUGUUGCCAAGAAAAAACUGAGGAACAAGUCCAAGGAAACGAGAAAAAAUGAAAAUUCAGAGUCCCCAAAGAAGGAGCCAAAGCACAAAAAAGCCAAAGUGGCAGAUAAGAAAGCCAGAUUAAUUAUCCGGAACCUCAGCUUUAAGUGUUCAGAAGAUGACUUGAAAGCGGUAUUUACUCACUAUGGAACUGUUCUUGAAGUGAAUAUCCCAAAGAAGCCAGAUGGAAAGAUGCGUGGUUUUGCUUUUGUUCAGUUCAAAAACCUCCUUGAAGCAGGAAAAGCUCUCAAAGGCGCGAAUAUGAAGGAGAUAAAAGGACGGACUGUGGCUGUGGAUUGGGCUGUGGCAAAGGACAAAUACAAAGAUGCCCAGCAUGCUUCUGCCCCAGGUGUAAAGAAGAGCAGUGACCGUAAGCCUAAAGAAUCAGGUAAGAAGAACUACAGGGUGGAAGAGCAAGUAGAAGAUAGCCUUGAUGAUGAAGAAGAUGAUAGCCUUGAUGAAGAAGAAGAAGAAGAAAGAGAAUCAGCAAUAGCUUCUCCUGUGAGUGUGCACAAGAGAGCAGUCAAGAGAGCAGCUCCCGAGGAAAGCAUCGAGGACGACGACUCCUACGAGGACAGUGACCUGGAGGAAGGAGGCAGCUCCUAUGAUGAGGGGACAGUGGACAGUGAGAGCAGCGCUGAAGAUCAAGAGGAUGAAGAUGUUCCAGUCUCACAGAAAAAGAAGAGGAAGUUACCCUCGGAUGUGACGGAAGGGAAAACUGUCUUCAUCAGAAAUCUUUCAUUUGACUCAGAAGAAGAGGCACUCGGCGAGGUCCUCCAACAGUUUGGUGAUCUUAAGUAUGUCCGAGUUGUCUUGCAUCCAGACACAGAGCACUCUAAAGGUUGUGCAUUCGCACAAUUCAGGACUCAGGAAGCAGCUCAGAAAUGUCUUGCAGCGGCCUCUCCAGAGGCUGAGGGUGGUGGCCUUAAACUGGAUGGCCGACAGCUCAAGGUCGACUUAGCUGUGACCCGGGAUGAGGCAGCAAAGCUUCAGACAAAGAAGGUGAAGAAGCCAACGGGAACCCGGAACCUCUAUCUGGCCAGAGAAGGCUUGAUCCGCGCUGGGACGAAGGCUGCUGAGGGUGUGAGUGCCGCAGAUAUGGCCAAACGCGAGCGGUUUGAGCUACUGAAACACCAGAAACUCAAGAACCAGAAUAUCUUUGUCUCGCAGACCAGGCUUUGCCUGCACAAUCUCCCAAAGGCUGUGGACGAUAAACAACUAAGGAAGCUGCUGCUGGAGGCCACUCGAGGAGAGAAGGGGGUUCGAAUUAAGGAGUGUAGAGUGAUGCGGGACCUUAAAGGAGUUCAUGGGAAAAUGAAGGGUCAGUCCCUGGGCUAUGCCUUUGCAGAGUUCCAAAAGCAUGAGCAUGCCCUCAGAGCCCUCCGCCACUUCAACAACAACCCAGAGAUCUUUGGGUCCCAAAAGAGACCCAUAGUGGAGUUCUCUUUAGAAGACCGAAGGAAACUUAAAGUGAAGGAGCUGAGGAUCCAACGCAGCCUGCAAAAAAUGGAAUCCAAGCCUGUAACCAGUAAGCCCCAAAAGGAGCAAAAAGAAGUUGGAAAAGACAAGCAACAGAAAGCAGUUCAGAGCGCCACACAGGAUCAGAGCAAGGCGCCUGGAGAGCAGAGAGGGAAAGCCGGCUCCACCUCGUGGACAGGCUUCCAGACCAAGGCUGAAGUGGAGCAGGUGGAGCUGCCUGACGGCAAGAAGAGAAGAAAGGUCCUGGCACUCCCUUCACACCGAGGCCCCAAAAUUAGGCUGCGGGACAAAGGCAAAGUGAAGUCCCUGCCUUCUAGGAAGCCAAAGCCCCAGAUGGGCCAGCGGAAGCAAAAGAAGCAGCAGUUAGCGUCUUCCGUGCAGGUGCCUAAAAGAAAGGCUAAGGAGAAUAAGGCAGAAGCGCACUUCAACCAGCUGGUUGAACAAUAUAAGCAGAAGUUGCUGGGCCCUUCUAAAGGAGCACCCCUCAUGAAGAGAAGCAAAUGGUUUGACAGCUGAUGGCACCUGCAGACUGUACAAAAGCCGUGUCUUUCACUGAGGGAAGCAGAUCCCAGAUGAUACCCACUUUCUUGGGGACUCUAGGUUGUGUACAUUCAUGGUCCGUUCUCCAGUGUGGUUGGUGUUGGUUAGCCACACUGAAAAACACUAUGGAGUUUUUAUAACUUACCCAGUCACAGUGCUGAGUCUGUGAUUGCAACUUAUUUCCAAUUUCUUCUCAAAUGGAAACUAUUGUUAAAAAAAAAAAAAAAAAAAAAAGUGUUUGAGAGUACUGAAUUAUAAAGAUGCAUAUUUUGUUAUGGAGUCUGUAAGUGAGGAACUAUGACUUUUUGGAUGUGUCUCAUUUUUAAUAUACACAAAUAUAGUAUAAGUUUUUUUUCUAAAUGAAUCUUUUUAACAUUUUUAAAUCGGUUACCUAGUCUGUAAGGACUAAGCACAGAGAAAAUGCUUACUAAAGUAGUCUCUGAAUGUCAGAGACACCAGGAAACGACUGAAGGCCGUGGGCCUGGCAGCAAGCGGCACCUGAGAAGGGUCUGCCCCCGGAGAGGAAUGGCUGACUGGGAAUAAGAUUGCAGGCUAGACCCCAGCCUGACCAUGGAUGGCCCAGAUGAAUUGCACAGAGCUCCUUCCCCCAGGGACUGGGAGCUCUCUGGUGAGAAAGCAGCGAACUUGAGGCCAUGACCUAAAGCCUAAACUCUUAUCUAGUCAUGUUGAAUAAGCAGUUAACUAAAUGCUUUCCUGGUCACUCCCUGCACUACAUACUCUUAAACAUUCUUCUUACCUAUACUUUCUCUUGCCUAAAGAAAGCUGGGGGUGGAGGGUGUGAAUUUCAGAGUCAGGGUCCGCAAGAAUUCUGGUGGUGAGAAGAGUGGGCUGUUGUGAAAGAUGAAGCUCACUGGAGGCAAACCAACCCCCGUGCUGGACAACUGACACAAGAUGUGGAGUACACUGAUGGAUUCUGCCGCUGCAGAGCCUCCUGUCUGCCCCCUUGGCCUGGAGAGCAUCUCCUUUGGAUCAUUUGUUUCUCAGAUCUCUACUGAACCCUCAGCUCUUCUGGUGUUUCCUUCAGUAUCUGAAGUAGGGCUCCUCUUACCUGCCCAACCUGACUCCUGACUGGACUCUCAGACCCUGUUUGUUUUCUCUUGGCACUAACCAUCAUCUCAGAUUGUCUCCCCAUUAAAACAUCUGCCUUGA